AGACCCUUAAACUUGAUUUGAGAGAGUGAAAACAAACAUUGAUCCAUUCCCGACCAUUUUCGACCAAAAGUGUUCAGCGCUAUUCGGAUAGAAUUUUGCAGCCACAAGUAAAUACAUUGCGUUUAAGAAUAUUUUUGCUCGGUGCACAUUUACGCAUCGAGAUAUAAUUGGGGAACAAAGUCGCAAAUUUGCGAUUAAUAAUCAAAAAGUAUGGCUACCAUGGGCGAGCCUCUUACUUUAGCAAGAGACGUCAAGAGAUCUAUAGAAUUAUUAGAUAAAUUACAGAAAGGUGAGCAAUUUGAAUACAUAAUAAAGCAUUUUUUCAUAUAUCCAUCAAUGUCUAUUUUGUUUUAUAAUAUUCUAUAUUCAGGAGGUGAAGUUCCUACAACAAAAUUGGCUGCUUUACAGAAAGUAUUACAAAGCGAUUUUCUUAGUGCAGUGCGGGAAGUAUAUGAACAUGUAUACGAAACUGUUGAUAUUCAGGGUUCACAGGAUGUACGUGCAUCCGCGACGGCAAAAGCGACCGUUGCUGCUUUUGCAGCCAGCGAAGGUCAUGCUCAUCCACGUGUGGUCGAAUUACCAAAAACAGAGGAAGGACUUGGUUUUAAUGUAAUGGGAGGUAAAGAACAGAAUUCGCCAAUUUAUAUAUCUCGCAUUAUCCCUGGUGGUGUUGCCGACAGACAUGGUGGCUUAAAACGUGGAGAUCAACUUUUAUCUGUUAAUGGAGUUUGUGUUGAAGGAGAAAAUCAUGAAAAGGCAGUAGAAUUAUUAAAGCAGGCACAAAAUUCUGUAAAAUUGGUAGUGCGGUAUACUCCACGUGUUUUAGAAGAAAUGGAGUUACGUUUCGAUAAACAAAGAGCUGCUCGUAGACGUCAACAUAUGCAAUAAAUAUUAAAAAUGUGCAAAAUAUUUAAUUAUAAUUGUUAAGGAUAUGCAAAUUAUCAAUAUUAUUGUAUCCAUAAAUUUUAAUUUACUUGUUUUCAUAAUCAUAGUUUAGCUAGCUUGCAGCAUUCUAAUUCAAUUGUAUUUAUAUUCUCAUUCAUCAAUAAAUGUUAUCUGUUAUCUAUA